AUGGUCGAAGAGACCAGUGUAAUCCAACCUAGUGAUCUCCCGCCAAAGAAGACUGACCCAGGGGUAUUUACACUCCCAAUUUCCAUCAGGGGCUUUUUAACGGAGCAAGCAAUGUGCGACCUAGGGGCAUCCAUCAAUGUUAUGCCAUAUUCUAUGUAUAAAAAGCUGGGGGAAGCAGAACUAGUCGAAACCGAUAUGGUGAUACAGCUGGCAAAUGGGUCUUCCAUUUACCCCGAGGGAAUUCUGGAGAAUGAAAUCGUCAGGGUGAACAAAUUUACGUACCUCGCCAACUUCUUUGUUAUAAAGAUGACGGAGCCAGAAGCAGAAGAGUCCAUUGGAAUCCUCUUGGGAAGACCUUUCCUAUCCACCACCAGCACAAUCAUUGAUGUCCGCCAUGGGACAAUAAAUCUGGAAUUUAAUGGAGAGCGAUUUACAGUCGACAUUAAUGAAGCUGCAAGGAAGCCACAGGUCAGCGAAAACAUUCAAUCGGUAGAUGAUGUCAGACCUCUAGAGCAAAAGUAUCUGGAAAAUGAACUCUUCGUUAAACCACCCUCUGACCUCACUUAUGAUGAGAAGCUUAAAAGGGAAGCAGCUGACUGGUUCAAGACAAUAAUGACUAGGGAAACGGGUGAUGAAGCCACUGAAAAGGCAAUUAUGGAAUUCUGCUAG